UUUUUUUCAAUUUUUUCUUUUCCCCUUCUUUUCUUUCUCUUUUCCUUUUAAUACUCUUCCAGAAUGCCUCACUCGUUCGGUCUUCGUGCUCGUACCCGCCACAUGUUCUCCCGUAAGUUCCGGGAACAUGGUGCCAUUCCUUUGUCUACUUACUUGAAGACUUACAAGGUGGGUGAUAUCGUUGAUAUCAAGGCCAAUGCUGCUGUGCAAAAGGGUAUGCCCCACAAGUUCUAUCAUGGUCGCACUGGUGUUGUCUACAAUGUCACCAAGUCUGCUGUGGGUGUGAUCAUCUACAAGAAGGUUGGUAGUCGUUACAUGGAAAAGCGUGUGAACCUCCGCAUCGAACAUGUCAAGCACUCCAAGUGUCGUCAAGAAUUCUUGGAUCGUGUCAAGGACAAUGCUCAAAAGAAGAUUGAAGCUCGUGCUGCUGGUGUCAAGGUUAACCUUAAGCGUAUCCCUGCUCAACCUCGUGAAGCUCGUCAUGUCUCCACUGCUGACAACGUUCCCCAAACCAUCACUGCUAUUCCUUACGAAACUCUUUUGUAAACGAUUCAUUUAGUUUUUUUUACCAUCUUCAUCAUUCACUCUUCUUUUUAUUUAUAUAUAUACUUGAUUUGUGUUUCUUCAUUCUUGUUUGGAGCAAAAUAAACGAAAAACAAAUGUGCUUUUUGUUUGAAAUAUUU